GCUACCACAGCUGCUACUAUCAUAACAAAACUGAAAACAAAUUAUAAAGGUUAAGGAACUACCGACUACCUACGUCUCUAAUGAAAAUAACAAGGUCAAGAUGAGUGAAAUAUUUGAUAGCCAUGAGGAGUUGCCUAUUCCGCCGCAAACAUCACACCGCUCACACCACGAGCUGAAUAAAGAGGAGUCGAUGAUCCAGUUGCUUGUGAAAGACUAUGAAUCUAGAAUUAUGAAAGAACUUGAGCACGAACUGAACCCAAGGUCUAAAGCUCCCUUUGCUGUCUACUUCACUGAUAAUAACAAGCGUACGGUGAUUCAAGGGACCCCACCGUGGAUCACUGAAAACGCUGAAAGAUUCCUCAUUGGCACACCUAACGCUUUCCUGGUGAAGAUGGAGUAUUUGUCUGAGUUAGGCUUCAUAACUUGCUUGCAGUAUUCUGCCGAUGGGGACCACAUUUUGGUGGGCCAUUCUUCUGGUUUGAUUCAGAUGCGUCACGGUAAAACCGGUACAGUAAUCUGCACCCUUCGUCCAAGGCAGUUCCCUCCGAAGCCGGUGUAUUCCCUCCAGUACAGUGAUGCAGAGGAGAGGGUCUGCUACGCAACCUCUAGCGACGGAUCUAUUUACCGGAUAGAUAUACCUAAUAUAACUCCUGACCUGGAGAAUCCACCGAUCUACUGCAUCACAGCGGAUCCGGCCCUGGAAUGCCUCAGCAUGCAGUUUUACGGCACCCCGGGGAUCUCAUCCUACGCUACUGCGAUUAUCUCUCAAAGGUACCCAGCUCUAUCGCUCGGAAUAACUGCUGACCAAAACAAAAUGGUGGUCGGGUACGAAGACACUUCAGUAAAAGUGUACGACAUGGAAACUCUUCAGGCUGAAACCACGUACAAAGUACACAAGAUGCGUAUGAAGCUGAUGCUGAAGAAGCUUCAGCGGAGUCACUCGGGGCAGGUGUGCGCGCUGCGCUGUCACCCGCAGAACGUAUAUCAGUUCGCCUCUGCCGCCUGGGAUAACACGCUACGAAUUUGGGAUGUGAGAUGCAAAGUGGGGUGUGUCAUGACAUUUGAAGGAGUUAACGUUUGCAGUGACAGCAUAGACCUAAACCGCAACCACUGCAUAGCCGGCAGCUGGCAGCCGACCGGCGCGCUCACCGUGUGGGACCUGGUGGCUCGGAGGAAGCUCACCGACGUCACGAUACAGAACCGGAGACCAGACGUGGACGGGGAGUACAUCUACGCGUGCCGGUUUUGGAGAUCCGCUGAUUACAACCGGAAGGGCAAAUACGCGAUCAUCGGCGGCAGCGGCACCGGGUGCGUGGAAGUGAUCAAUCUGCACAACCGGUACAUCGCUUGCUCCUACCCUUCUGAGGGGGCGAUCCUGGCAGUCACCAGCCACGGCGAGCGCAUCGCCUACGGGGGCACCUCAAGUGUCUUCACCAUCGUGACCUUCCGUGACCCCAAACAUGAGAAAUACGAGAAGUUUGAACAAGAACGUUUUAGAAGAACGAUACCUGAUGAACAGCGCUCGGCAGAAGACUGGAAGAUACUCGCUGGCAGUUCGGAGUAUGAUACGGGGUAUUGGGACACUUAAUUGUUUAUUUGUAUAAAUUUGUAUUUACAGCUCUGUCUGUUCUUUCUAAAUUAAAUUAAAAGCCAUAAUUAUAAAGCA